GUUCAAUAGAUACAUCGUGGGUGAAUUGAAACGUUGUGUUUAAAAACAAAUUCACGAAUUGUUUAAUUAAAUAGAAAUUUGACAAAUAUAUAUUUAGAAUGAAGGGGUUGUUUAUAUUCGCCGCAUUACUGAUCGUGGUAAGCGGUAAAAACUUAGAUUGCAAUCCAACAUGGUGGAAAAAUAUGCUGCUCUAUCAAAUUUAUCCGAGAAGUUUUAAGGACAGCAAUGGAGAUGGUGUAGGUGAUAUUCAAGGUAUCAUCAGUAAACUGGAUUACUUUAAAGAUUUGAAAGUAGAUGCAAUAUGGUUAUCUCCAUUCUACACAAGUCCAAUGUUCGAUAUGGGUUACGAUAUCAGUAAUUUCACUGAAGUAGAUCCAAUAUUUGGUACAUUACAAGAUUUUCAACAAUUGACUAAACUAACUCAUGAAAAGGGUAUGAAACUAAUCGUGGAUUUCGUUCCUAAUCAUACAUCGGACAAACACAAAUGGUUCCAAUGGAGUAUUGAAAAAAUAGAUCCUUAUACGAAUUUUUACGUAUGGAGAAAAGGACGAGUUCUUCCUAAUGGUACCAUAACGUAUCCGAAUAACUGGAUAAGUACUUACAAUGAUCCAGGAUGGAUUUGGAAUGAAAAUAGACAGGAAUAUUAUUUUCACCAAUUCUCGACAUUCCAAAUUGAAUUAAAUUACAACAGUACAGAACUUAGAAAAGAAAUGGAGAAUGUACUGAAAUUUUGGUUAGAUCUCGGUGUGGAUGGUUUUAGAAUGGACGCUGCACCUUAUUAUUAUGAAAAUCAAAAAUUUUUGGACGAACCAUUGACCGGUACUACUUACAAUCCUUACGCUUAUAAUUCAACGAAAAAAAUUUAUACGAGAGAUCAACCAGAGACCUACGAGUUAGUUCAAAGUUGGCGAGAUUUAUUGGAUGAAUAUACCGUCAAAGAGAAUUGUCCAAAGGUGUUGAUUAUCGAAGCAUACGCGAGCAUGGAUUAUACCAUCGAAUAUUACAGACACGGUGCAUAUUUUCCUUUUAAUUUUAAUUUUAUCGACAAACUGAAUAAAAAUUCAACUGCAUCGGACGUGGCAAAAUCCGUGAAAGAAUGGAUAUCGAGUAUGCCAGAUGGAAGCGUUGCCAAUUGGGUGAGUGGAAACCACGACAAUCGCAGAUUAGUGUCGCGUUUUGGAAAUAAACGAGCAAGGAUAAUCAUGGCCAUGAUAUUCUGUCUUCCUGGUGUUGCCGUGGUCUAUAAUGGCGACGAAAUAGGUAUGGAAGAUACUAUACUUUCUUGGGAAGAAACAAAAGAUAACGAAGCCUGUAAUGCCGGCAGAGAUAAUUACCUUUCUAAGAGCCGAGAUUAUGGUAGGACGCCAUUCCAAUGGGACAAUAGUACCGCGGCCGGAUUUUCAACAACUUCCAACACUUGGUUACCAGUUAACAGUGAUUAUUUGACAUUAAAUUUGGCCAAUGAAAAACUAUCGAAAAAGUCAUUCUAUACUAUGGUAGUUACUCUAUCGAACUUUAAGAAAAAUUUCUCUACCGAGAAGGACGAAUUUAAUCUAAAAGUACCGAACAAGAAUGUUUUAGCCUUUACAAGAAAAACAAACAGUGGUGGGUCUGUUUACGUGGUAGCAAAUUUCGGUGAUGAAGAAGAACAAGUUGAUUUGAACAUUUUUGAUAACGUGCCAAAGAAACUUAAAGUUUAUUACGCUACUGAAACUGACGGAGUAACUAUUGGUGCUACCGUUGAACAAAACGACAAUUUGAAAGUUCCUGCACAAACAGCUAUAAUUCUUACCAGCGAAUAUUAAUUAAGAUAUUAUUUAAUUGAUUAAAUAAUAAUUCUAAAAGUAACCACUUAGUACAAAAAUUGUGACCAAAAUCAAACGAUUGUAAUCUAUUUUAAACGAAGUCCAAAGAUGAUAAAUUUAAAUAAUAGAAAAAUAAUUCGAUUGAAAUUUUCUUAGAAAAGAUUCAUU